ACACGUUUAAGCACUUGCAAUGCGAGUUAUUACAGCUUGCAGUAAUUUAUAUUAACAAAAUCACACAUUUUAUCGGGGAAAAACGCCGAUAUUACAACAUUUGUCAUGACCAGGAAGCCGUCAUGUGACUAGAAAAAGAUGGCGGCGGUGCAAUGGUGCUCCCGUGCACGAAGCUAUGAGGCGGAGCUGCAGAGGUGCCGUCUUGAUGUGACUCCAGUUGAUUUUGGAGAAUACCACCCCCUCAAACCGAUCAUGGUGACAGAAACUAAGACACGGCGUGGAACCCGUAAAGGCAGCACCUCUUCCUCGUCCUCAUCCUCUUCCUCGGUCGUCACCGACCCUCUAAGUUCCAUGCUGGAAGGAACCGACCCCCUGUCCAUGUUUGCCAGUGAAGCUCCGGCUGUGCCACAGAGCGCCUCCGCAGGGGAUUUGGGGAGGAAGAGGAGGGACAAGGUUGAGGAGGCAGUGGGACCAGACUUUGAACCCUGGUCAGCAAAGCGAGGAGAGAUCCUGGCAAGGUUCACCACCACUGAAAAACUCUCGAUUAAUCUUUGCAUGGGCUCUGAUGGAGGAAAAGCUCAGAGUCCUGGACCCUCAGCUGUUUCAGAGAAGGUUCGAACUCGCCUGGAGGAGCUGGAUGAUCUGGAGGAGGGAUCCCACAGAGAGAUGCUGAACCUUUCCCAACAGGAUUAUGCCAACCGCAUCGAAGAGCUGAACCAGUCCCUGAAGGAAGCCUGGGCAACAGACCAGAAGGUCAAAGCCCUCAAGAUAGUCAUCCAGUGCUCCAAACUUCUGUCUGACACCUCAGUGAUCCAGUUCUACCCGAGCAAGUUUGUUCUCAUCACCGAUAUCCUCGACACCUUCGGUCGGCUGGUGUACGACAGAAUCUGGACCAUGUGUUCAGACCCGCGGCCUUUAGCAGACUCCUUCACGGUGGACGAUGUGAACGAUACCGCCAAAGAGACAUGCCUCAACUGGUUUUUCAAGAUUGCCUCCAUCAGAGAGCUCCUGCCCAGACUAUAUGUGGAAGCUGCCAUCCUGAAAUGCAACCGCUUCCUUAACAAACUCGGUAUUCAGGAGACCCUCCCUCGGUUGUCGUCCAUGGUCAGAGGGAUUGGAGACCCUUUAGUGGCCGCGUAUGCCAGAGCGUAUCUCUGCAGGGUAGGAAUGGAAGUGGCACCACACCUGAAGGACAACCUGAACUGUAACUUCUUCGACUUGCUCAGAACCUUCAGACAAAUCAGCAGUGUCAGCAUGCAGAACCAGUUGGAGGUUCCUGAGUACCUGACGCUCUACUCGCCCGCCAUCAGUUGGAUCCUGCAGUGCAUCGCCUACAGAGCUCCAGACCCUCUGCUGACAGAAAUGAUGGACAGAUGCAGGAAAAUGGGGAAUAAUGCCUUGCUGUUGAAUUCGGUGCUGAGAGCGUUCAGGCCGGAGUUUGUUGCAGCCCGAGCCACCGACGUCAUCGCUAUGAUCAAAGACUGUGACGAGGCCGGCUUCCCAAAGCAUCUGUUAUUCGGUUCGUUGGGUCGCAGCCUGGCUUGUGCCGACCCCCCCGAGGCCGACAGGUUGGCGAUCCUAAACGAAGCCUGGAAGGUCAUCACCAAAGUCCGCAGUCCUCAGGAUUACGUAACCUGUGCUGAGAUCUGGGUGGAGUUCACAUGCCGCCACUUUACGAAACGUGAGGUCAACACUGUUCUGGCUGACAUCAUCAAACACAUGACACCCGACCGGGCGUUUGAAGAUGCCUACCCUCAGCUGCAGUCUGUGAUCAGGAAGAUUCUCGCCUACUUCCAUGACUUCUCCCUCCUCUUCUCUAUGGAGCGUUUCUUGCCGUUUCUAGACAUGUUCCAGAAGGACAGUGUGAGGGUGGAGGUCUGCAGAUCCAUCAUGGAGGUCUUCAUCAAGCACCAGCUGGAGCCGACCAGAGACCCGGUUAUCCUCAACGCCGUGCUGCACAUUUGCAAGACCAUGCACGACUCUGUUAAUGCUCUGACUCUGGAGGACGAGAAGAGAUCUUUGGCUCUGCUGAUCAACGGCUUCAUCCGCACGGUUUCUUUUGGUCGUGACUUCGAGCAGCAGUUGAGUUUCUGUGUGGAGGCCAGAGCCACGUUCUGUAACCUGGAACCAGUGCUGGUGCAGCUCAUUCACACGGUGAACCAGCUCGCCAUGGAAACCAGGAGAGUGAUGAGGGGUAAUCACUCGCGUAAAACGGCGGCGUUCGUCAGGGCGUGUGCUGCGUACAGCUUCAUCACCAUCCCGUCGCUCAGCAGCAUCUUCAGUCGUCUCCAUCUUUACCUGCUGUCCAGUCAGGUCGCGUUGGCCAAUCAGUGUCUCUCACAGGCCGACGCCUUUCUUACAGCAGCAGUUAGUAUUCUUCCAGAGGUUCCUCGCUCUAUCAGCGUGGAGGGAAAACUCCGUUCCUCUGAGAGCUUCCUCCUAGACUUCAUCAACACCUUCUUGGCUGCGCUGCUGGUUGUCCCGGACCAUCCGGAGCACGGCGUGCUCUACCUCGUCCGCGGUCUGCUCAACAUGGUCCAGGAUUACACCUGGGAGGACAACAGUGACGCCAAAGUGAAGGUCUACAUCAGCGCGCUGCCUCUGCUGGCUGCUAUGAGCCAGGAAACCUACAUCUACACCAUUCCAAAAAUGGACUCUAAUGAGACACUUUACGGUGGAGACCCCAAGUUUCUGUCAGAGACUAACAAGCUGUGUGAGACUCUGAUUGGGCAGAUCCUGGACCACCUGAAGACCCUCGGCCGGGAAGAGCAGAGUGCACGCCGCCAAGGUGCUCUGGCCUUCUCGCUGUUCGGCGUCCUGCUGGCGCACAGCGAUCUAAGGAACAACAAGCUGAACCAGCUCGCCGUCAACCUUUGGAACCUGAGCCACAAACACGGAUUCUGCAACACACGUGUCUCUGUUCGGACUCUGGAAUUCAUCAAACAUCAGGCUCAGCAGCCCGAUAUGGGUCACCUGUCAGAGACAGUCCAGAGACUCGCACUGCACUCCCGCACCUGAACACCUCAGACAUCUGUGGAAAACCGCCAACGCACCCCAGAUCAAAUAAAUGUUAAAAAAAAAC